AUGGGCAAAAAACGGAAAAGACCCAUCAAGGACCGCGUGCCCACGUCUUCGUCUCACAUGAGUAUCACCACAUCUUCCCGUCAUUUCAAACCCUCCCAUGCGCCAAUUUCCCUGACAAAAACAACUCAUCCCGUUAUCUCCUUGUACUACCGACAUGUCUUAUCCUUACGGGAGUACCUGCUCCAGCAACUUCCCGUGGCCUCCAAGUCGCGUCGGCGUCGCAUCCUGACACUGGACUCGCGUGAAGACCAAGACUCCAAUGCACAAUCCCAACCAUUGGCGGACCUCCUAGAUUCAACCCUAGUGGGUGUGCUGAAGGAAUCUUCUCCGACCCUCAAUUUGGAGCGACAAAAGCAAUACUCAUCUUUUAAUGAGUCUCAAUCGCGGUCGAUUCUCGUCAGCACCGAUACAGGGCCGGCCUGUCCUCAGUCUGAGGUGGUUGAUUUUGUGAUCUGGAAACUCUUCAAUCAUAGCAACGGCUCCUAUCAGAAGCCUGAGCAUUUGCUGACGCAUGGCUUCCAACGCCCGUUUAAUGGGCCGAAUGUUCAACACACUAGCAUUCCAGGCAUUGUGUCUCAGUUUCCGAAUCAGAAUGUCCGAGUUUUAAAAGAGGGUGCAUGGGCAGAGGUCCUUGGCUUGCUUGGUAGUAAUGGCGAAGAAAUUAUGCUGCGACUGCUUUUCGAUUGUGGGCUUUUUGCCGCUAUUGACGCUCGAAAGGGCAUAUACUACCAACUCAGCGGUCUGCCUCUCUCGGUCCUCGAGCCUUUGAGCUAUGCGUCCUCAGCAGCCAAUGGGUCUUCUGCCACUGGUCAGAGGCAUCCCAAAGAGAAAGCUGGAUGCGAACGGAAUUCCAAUAAGACUUUCCAAAGUCCAAAUAGCAUUGUGUUUCUACGGCGGCGUAUCCUCUAUGGACGUGUCGAGUCCAAAAAGAAAUUACCCUCCGGACUAGGACAGACACAUGUUCUUAGUCGCUUCUUAUCGCUUGAUUCGAUGGCACAAACAGUCCACGUGAUGAAGUACAUAUUUCCCCGGCAAUUUGGCCUGCUAAAUGUGUUUACUCUGGACUCGGAUGGCCACAACAUCAUGGAUGACUCGAAGAGUUUCAUGUUUCGUGAGAGUGAGAUAUCUCAUUUGGAAGAAGAGAAACGACGACAGCGGCCCCAGUCCACGAAUGAAUUCGCUGACGCAGAUUUUGGAAGCGAGAGAACCAUCAAGGUACCUAAGAGACUUCGUGGAAUUACCAUCGAGCUUGUCCGGAAGCUCCGGAACCGCAAUGCACAGUGCUCCUACGGAGAGUUGCUGCGAUACUACUGUCCAACCGAUAUAACAAGCAUUCCGUGGCUAGAGUCACCCCAGGCUCAGACUCCUUCGCCAUCUAAGACAAGGUCGAAGAUAGCCCUGUCUGACUUGCACAAACGCAUCGAAAUAUUCCAUGAAUUCGUGUUUUGGAUUUUCGAUUCAAUUCUUAUUCCUCUCAUCCGUUCGCACUUCUAUGUCACCGAGUCCCAAACGCACCGGAAUCGCCUUUUCUAUUUCCGCCAUGAUCUGUGGCAGCAGUUGACCCACAAACCUUUCGGGGAGUUGAAGGCAACGAUGUUCGAGGAACUCGAGCCAGUUCGAGCCCAACGUGUGCUGGCACAGCGGACUCUUGGUUUCGGUGCUCUCCGUCUGCUUCCCAAAUCUACAGGCCUCCGGCCCAUCUUGAAUCUUCGCAAACGGGCCUUGAAGCAAUCGACUUGGGGGAAACGGCGCACGUACCUCGCCGCCAGCAUCAACACAAGUGUCACGCCUAUUUAUAAUAUGUUGACCUACGAGUGCCAGCAAGCUCCUGCCAAAUUGGGCUCGUCAAUGCUCUCCAUUGGAGAUAUGCACCGCCGAUUGAAGACCUACAAAGAGCAGUUGUCCAAAUCGCUACCCUCGGGUACUAAAUACUCGCAAUCCAAGCUCCCACCGAUGUACUUUGUCAAGCUUGAUAUCAAAGCUUGUUUUGACACCAUCCCCCAGAAAAGGUUACUUGAUUUGAUCGAAGAGCUGGUCUCUGAAGAGAGUUACCAUAUCUCGAAGCACACCGAAUUCCAACCACCCGCUCCAACUGCGCAACAAGGAAAACCCACCCGGAGAUUUAUGAGUCGCGCUGCGCCUGCGAGGAGGCCACAACACUUACCCGACUACGUCAACAGCGGUGGCGCGUCACGAAAGGCCAACACCGUUUUUGUCGACUCUAUAGCUCAAAAAGACCACGAUGUUGAUAGCCUUCUGGCCCUCCUUGAUGAACAUGUCCGGCACAAUCUCGUGAAGGUAGGCAAGAAAUAUUUCCGCCAACGCAACGGCAUUCCUCAAGGCUCCGUCCUAUCCAGCAUCCUAUGCAAUUUCUUCUACGCCGAGCUAGAGCGAAAGGUAUUGGGUUUUAUAAAACCCGAGGAUUCUCUACUCUUGCGACUCGUGGACGACUUCCUCCUGAUCACACCGGACGCAGGUGUGGCAAUGCAGUUCCUGGAAGCAAUGAUUCGGGGCCAACCAGCGUACGGUGUACAAGUCAAUCCAGCCAAAAGCAUGGCCAAUUUCAGCGCAGCGCUUGACGGGAUUUUGCUCCCCAGACUAGAAGGGACCACAUUAUUCCCGUAUUGUGGUAGUCUCAUCGACACCCACACGCUAGAAUUCCACCGCGAUCGAGAUCGCAUCCUAGAGGGCGGCGAGUCAGCUGCUACUACUCUCUCCAACACCUUGACCGUCGAGGCCUCCCGUCUUCCCGGCCGCACCUUUCACCGCAAAGUGCUCUCGUCAUUCCGCCUACAGCUACAUCCCAUGUAUUUAGAUGACGGGCACAACUCACGUGCAGUUGUGCUGGCCAACCUCUACUGCAGCUUCAUCACCUCUGCCAUGAAGAUGUACCGCUAUAUGAAGUCACUUCGGGGCCGCGCGCACCCCGGUCCUAGCAUCAUAACACAGACUAUCCGCGAUCUGAUUUCGCAGACGAACGGCACGAUCCAGGCCCGGCGUGCUGGUAAUUUGGAGUCUUCAUUCUCGUGUUUUGUCCAGCGACCCCAUCUACAGUAUCUCGCUUCUGCGGCGUUUCGGUUUGUUUUGAAGCGCAAACAAACGCGGUAUGCGGUGGUGCUCCACUGGCUAGACUCGCUGAUCAAGGAUGCUCGACCCACAUCAGAUUCCGAGGCUUUGAGGAUGGCGCAGGUGGUGAAGAAGGGAAAUGCGAUGUUUGAGGAAUGGCGGUUCUAG